UGGAGAGAGUCACUGCAGAUCCCCUGGGACCUGACCCAACUCUGGGAACUGUGGAGUGAUAAGCAUGUGGGUUUAUUUUACAGUAUAUGUGGGCAUCCUAACAAAUCAGUCUAUUAGCAAUUUUAUUACAUGUUUGAGUACAGUUAAGUUAUUGGGACAAAUUAUGAUUUCAAACAAAACUCAAUAAUAAUUUUAACCAAGCUUGAUGCAGGUUAUCCAUCCAUUCUAUAAUGGUGGGCUAUGUACUUAAUAAAGUGUUGUAAGGUAUUCAAAAAUACUUGUUCUCCAAUACCUAUUAUCAUCUUACACAGAAAUAUUGUAUGUCCUUUUAAAUACAUCUGAAAAUGAUUACCGGUUUCGGCCGUGAGCUUUACAGCGUCCCUGCUCCGUACUCGCCGCUUUCCGGGGCCGAGGACUUAGUACCCGCUGCGUCAUGUCCAAAUGACCAAUAACACGGCAAAAUGACCAAUAACACGGUUAUGGUAUGAUGAAGUGUUUAUAAUAAUAUAUGUAAUACAGGUCAAAGCCAACUCUAUAUAUAGUGCAACUUGGACUGAGUAGGACUUGAGAACAAGACUCCGGUUUACUAAAGUGGCAAGAGGUAUCUUGUGUUUCUGCCAUCACACUUACCAGUUCAGGUUACACUGGGUGCCUGGUAAACAACCUGCAGGUCAGGAGCAGGCCUUUGGUAUAGAACUACAUUGAAACGCAAUACAUUCUGACUGAGGAUGGUUGUGUUUUAACAUCUACCCUUACCGGAAAAAAACAGGCUUAGCUCUGGCAAAUAGUUGUGACAAAUCUUUGACAAUAUUUUCACACGCAAAUGAGUUUUGUGGCAAACUGUUGCGGCAAAUUUGCGGCGACUUGUGAACUUCUGGCAAACAAUUCUGGGAAGCAUUAUGUAUGCAAAUUCUAUCAGGUUUUUGGUUACUUUGUGUAUUAACAACAUUGCUCCACCCACAUCCUUUCAAUGCAUCGAAUGGGGUUGGAGUCAAGGGAAAAUAAACAAGUGUUACCAAAUAUAACAAUGUGCCUUUCAUAAGUAUUCUAAUAAAGUGUGUACAUAAAACGCAUUAAACAAGUCUGUAAAACCACAAUGAGGACAUCGACCUAUCAUCUAAGUUUUCAUAAAUCAUUUGGUACAGUGCAAGAAAAAACGCCAGAGUAGUCUGAAGUAGUGGCAUUAAUUCAUGUUCACAUUUACAAUUUCAUCAUUAAGACUUUUUGGGAAUUUUCCUCAACUCCAACCCCAUUCGAUACAUUGAACAGAUGUGGGGGGAGCAAUGUCUACAUAAGGGUGCAAAUUAUUAACACUCACAAAAGCUCUGACGAAGGCCUUGAGGCCGAUACGUAAAGCUUAUUAAAGAGCAGUGUGCGGGUUUCUUAUUCUUUCUCAUCUUAUUCAAGUGUUACCAUGCAUCUGCAACAACGAUAGCUCAAAUGUGAAUUUUGAAUUUUGUAUUACCAUUGACAUGUUGUCUCUACGUAAACCAAAUCACAAAUAACUUUAAAUGAACUUGCUUUUCACAGAGAAAACUGAACUAAACAUACUAAGAAUAUACAAAACAACAUGUGUUCGAUGUCUAAACAGGUAAAAAUACAUCAAGACAACUUGAAAUCAUCAGCAUGCCAAUGAAGAAAAAAGUAAAGACUGAAUAUUUCCCAAAUAACAUUUACAUGAGAGAAAUGUGAACACAUUGAGGAAGUUGACCUUAGGACGUUUAAUGGAGCAACUACAGAAUUUACAUGAGCCAAGUGAUGACUGAGCAAUAGCUUUUAACCAAUGGAAUUUUAAAAGAUAAUUAUAAAAAAAAAAAAAAUGUAGAUAACAAAAACUGAAUCAAACCCAGUUCAGAACUAUUGCCUUUUUGAGUGAACUUUGCAGAUAGCGGCCCUGUGGAAGUCCUUCGUCCAAAGCUUGUUGAAUGCAUGCACUGAAACAAUCAGAACACACCAAACAAAAACAAUUAGGAUACUGAAAAAAAAUUGAAUGGCCGACUCAGCGGCUAAUGGGCAGAUUUGGCUUUGGAAAAACAGCGACAGCUGUUACAAUGUUACCUUGAUGUUGCUAUGCUUUUCACUGAAACCUACAUUCUAUAUAUUUUUCAGCAAGGAAGCAAUAUUUCUGUCUUGUAUAAAUGCUGUAUAAACAAACGAGGUAGCUAGUGUAAACUGAGGCUUAGGCUUACUAUAGCUACCUUUAAAUUUGUGGCCAACUGUUCCUAGAGAGCCGCAGUAUACAACAUUUUUCUCCAGCCAAGCAUUAGCACAAGUGAUUCAAACUAAUCAACUAAUUAUGAUCUUCAAUCUAGACUGGGGACUUGAUCAUUAAGAGCCAGUUAUCUACUAAACUCAGCAAAAAAAGAAAUGUCCCCUUUUCAGGACCCUGUCUUUCAAAGAUAAUUCGUAAAAAUCCAAAUAACUUCCCAGAUCUUCAUUGUAAAGGGUUUAAACACUGUUUCCCAUGCGUGUUCAAUGAACCAUAAACAAUUAAUGAACAUGCACCUGCUCAUCUGCGUGAACGUGCCUUAGGCAUGCUGCAAGGAGGCAUGAGGACUGCAGUAGUGGCCAGGGCAAUAAAUUGAAAUGUCCGUACUGUGAGACGCCUAAGACAGCGCUACAGGGAGACAGGACGAACAGCUGAUCGUCCUCGCAGUGGCAGACCACGUGCAACAACACCUGCACAGGAUCGGUACAUCCGAACAUCACACCUGCAGGACAGGUACAGGAUGGCAGCAACAACAAAUGCCCGAGUUACACCAGGAACGCACAAUCCCUCCAUCAGUGCUCAGACUGUCCGCAAUAUGCUGAGAGAGGCUGGACUGAGGGCUUGUAGGCCUGUUGUAAGGCAGGUCCUCACCAGACAUCACCGGCGACAACGGUGCCUAUGGGCACAAACCCACCGUCGCUGGACCUGACAGGACUGGCAGAAAGUGCUCUUCACUGACGAGUCGCGGUUAUGUCUCACCAGGGCUGAUGGUCGGUUCUACGUUUAUCGUCGAAGGUAUGAGCGUUACACCGAGGCCUGUACUCUGGAGCGGGAUCGAUUACCAGGUGGAGGGUCCGUCAUGGUCUGGGGCGGUGUGUCACAGCAUCAUCGGACUGAGCUUGUUGUCAUUGCAGGCAAUCUCUACCAUGGCCAGCGAAGAGCCCGGAUCUCAAUCCCAUUGAGCACCUCUGGGACCUGUUGGGUCGGAGGGUGAGGGAUAAGGCCAUUCCCCCCAGAAAUGUCCGGGAACUUGCAGGUGCCUUGGUGGAAGAGUGGGGUAACAUCUCACAUCAAGAACUGGCAAAUCUGGUGCAGUCCAUGAGGAGGAGAUGCACUGCAGUACUUAAUGCAGCUGGUUGCCACACCAGAUACUGACCUUUACUUUUGAUCCCCCCUUUGUUCAGGGAAACAUUAUUCCAUUUCUGUUAGUCACAUGUCUGUGAAACUUGUUCAGUUUAUGUCUCAGUUGUUGAAUCUUGUUAUGUUCAUACAAAUAUUUACACAUGUUAAGUUUGCUGAAAAUAAACGCAGUUGACAGUGAGAGGACGUUUCUUUUUUUGCUGAGUUUAGUUGUACUGUGUGGCUCAAUUGCUAGAGCAUGUCUCUUGCAUUGCCAGGGAUUUGGGCUUGAUUUCCACAGGGGACCAGUAUGAAAAUGUAUGCACUGUAAAUUGCUCUGGAUAAGAGCAUCUGCUAAAUGUAAAAUACUAGUUAUCUCUUCUUCCUGACUCAGGUGUACAAGGCUUGGGUGGAAGAAAUGCAACAUAAAAUGUAUUUAUGCCUAGUAUGGGAAUUCAUAUUAUUUUCCUAAAUGAAUUAUUGUUAACAAAGCCACGCAUGCAAGAAACCUUGACCAGGUGCACACAUAUUUCUCUGUCCUCAGUCUGAUUGAAGGCCUUAAUCUGUCUUCUUGCAUUGUAACUGAUUGCUUCUAGAAAGAAAGAGAGAAUUAACAACACGUGAUUAAGAUGAGCUAGCUACUAGUUUAAAACAAUGAGAGAUCUAAUUGUUACAAAUAAUGAAUGUAUGAAGGCUACAUUUAUCAGAAUAAUACAUGCCUUUACAUAGCUUCCUUUUCAAGCUUGAAGACAAUACACUCAUUUAUCACUCAAAAAAAAAGGGUUAUGAGGGAGUGCACCACUAACAUCUUUCCAGGUUGUUGAUGCAUCCUCCUCCCAAUGCAGCCUCAACCAACACCACAGGUAGGGGAACGGUAUCCAUCUGCAAAAGUAAAGUUUUGCUUUGAUGUCAAGUUAGCUCAUAUUGUUGCAACCUUAGCUGUUCUAGCUAACAUGCUACUGAACGGUGACACUAACGUAUUGACAUGCAUAUUGGUACUAAGACAGCAAGAUAUUCACCUAAAAAUAUAAGUGUUUAGGCAAAUCAUUAGUUAGCUAGCUAGCUAGCUAUCACAUUAAUUGUGCAAAAAUAUGACAGCUAACAUUAAGCACUAGCCAAAAUGUGUUUCACUCUAUCCGAUAAAACAUGACAUUGCUAACGAAGCAUCAAUUAGCUAACACAAUUUAAAAGUUUCUUAGGAUGUUUAAUGAAUAAGUUAGACACUCAACGGCAGGGGUUGGAACCAACAUUAUUUCCCAGUCGUUUUGUUCCGACUAGCAAAAUAAAGUUCUGAACCAGUUCGAAUCCCCAAAAAGUUACAGUUUAUAUUGUUCCGGUUUCUUUUUUAAACUCUGAAAUCAAUAUACACUACCGUUCAAAAGUUUGUGGUCACUUAGAAAUGUCCUUGUUUUUCAAAGAAAAGCACAUGUUUUGUCCAUUAAAAUAACAUCAAAUUGAUUAGAAAGUGUAGACAUUGUUAACGUUGCAAAUGACUACUGUAGCUGGAAACAGCUGAUUUUGGAGGGAAUAUCUACAUAGGCGUACAGAGGCCCAUUAUCAGCAACCAUCACGCCUGUGUUCCAAUGGCACGUUGUGUUAGCUAAUCCAAGUUUGUCAUUUUAAAAGGCUAAUUGAUCAUAAGCUAACAAGCUUAGCUAGCUAACAAGUUUGCGUGUUCAAUUAAAAUAAUAACACAUCAUAGCUUUUUGUAGAUUAUAAAUCCAAUGUGAAACAUGGUAACUAUAGUAUCCUUAACUAGCAUUGAAAAAGUUAAUCCAUUAUUCUCUAAUUAAACAUUGCUCUCCCUAAUUUCUGAAUCACCCCUGUAAUGUCAGUAGCUACAGUAGACUAUGUAUGCUUCGGAAGGAGGGGGAGGGGCAAUUACACUACACACACACACACUGGCAAAGAUUUUCAGCUGGCAGGCAGGCAGACACUGGAACAAGUUUGAGUGACAGUGAGGGCUUUGCACAGGCACAUUGUUGCGUUUUUUGUCGGACUGAAAAAAAUGCCCAUAAAAUAACAUUAUUAACCGAUUCCCAUGCUUUUAAAAAUAACGGUUCUGUUCCGGAACAGUAUUGAUCACUUUAGUUCUCGGUUCUGUUCCUCUAAAAAUUGUCUUUAUUUUUCAGUUUUCGGUUCUGUUCCCUGAACCGGUUCCAACCCCUGCUCACUGGACAAUUUCAGUAGGUAGCUAGGUAGAUGGCUUUCAAAUGAUUUUCCUUCUCCCCCUGACUGGUCACCAACGGUUACUGGUCUUGGAACUCAUGUCUUCACCAGAAAAGGCUUCUGGUAAACGGUUUGUCACUAAUGGCAAUAAAUAUUGUUGCCACAGGUUUGCCACAGAUUCAAAUAGAAUCUUGAGAGAAUUGCUUGCCAGAAAAAAAAGUCUGGCGAACUGUUUGCUGGAACAAAUACAUUUUUGUAGGUCUCCUCUAAAAUGUUGUUUUUCAAGGUUUCACGUUUCAUGCUUUGUUACCCAGGUGAAGGGGGUUUAGUGAAUUGCGUUACUGAAAAAAAAUUGUUCAGUCAGAUGAAGACCUGUUGGGUGAGGGAUAAAGAAGGAGAUUAUAGUCUCACAUUUACAUCAGGCAAUCCUUUGUGUAGAUUAGAAUUGGAAAACAUUUAAAUAAGGAAGAGCAUGUUGGAAUGUCCCUCCCAACAUUAUUCAAUACUUUUCAAACAGCAGCCUGGUCACUGAUGGUUGUAAACUGAUAAUGCCUGCCCAGAUUGUCACCUUCAACCUUUACCCGUUUGCACAUUGCAAUAUUAGGUCGGAAUUGGAAGGAAUGGGUGAAAAUUUUACCAAGGGUUUGAGUGUAGCCAAAGGUAAUAAGUCUAGCCAGUCCUGAUCCUCUACUUUCUUGAUAUGCAUAAGUGAUCCCAAGGUCCUUUGAGGUCUAGUGAGUGAGUUUAAACCCCUAAACCAGCUGUAGCGGACAGCGUGUGUAUACACGUUUGUGUUGUGUGUAAGGAAACAGCAGGCUGACGGAGGGCCGCCCUAUGUAGGUCCCCACAUGUGCGUUCUCUGGCCAGUGCUGGGGAGGACAUGAGGAUCAGAUGGCCAUCACAUUCACACUGAGUGACCUGGGCCUUAUCGCCUGACGUGCUAUUCCUCUGUUUGUACAGGUGCAGCCCCUCUGCAGACUCGGACGUAGGAGCUUGUGGUUCAUUACCCCCCAAGCAGGCGUUCUUCCCACACGUCCCAGGCUUUUUACAGCUCUCCCCUCAGCUUCGUGAUUACACAAUUCAUUACGGUUGCAUCGCUCCCUCCGACCGCUCAGGUCAUCACCAUGUCUAGCUGGAAAAGAAUGCAUCUCCAUCUUCUUUGUGGAGUUUCAGAUGCACUUUGGAGGGGACUAUUCAGGGACAGCCUGGAUCCACAGUCUGGUGGACUGCACCACUAUGCUGUGUGCUCCUCUAGGCAGCUUCAUUGGGAACCGUCUCUCGUGCCGCAUCGCUGUGAUCCUUGGGGGCUUCCUGUCCUCCAUCGGCCUGGUCCUCAGCUCUUUCGCUACCAGCCUGGAGUACCUGUACCUCACCCUGGGGGUCCUCACAGGUAUUGGGUUUUCUCUCUGCUACACCCCUGCCAUUGCCAUGGUGGGGUCAUAUUUCUGUGAGAGGAAAGCCCUGGCGUACGGGAUCGCCAUGUCAGGCAGUGGCAUCGGGACCUUCAUCCUGGCCCCUGUGGUCCAGCUGCUCAUAGAGCACUACUCCUGGCGCGGGGCCCUACUCAUCCUGGGCGGCGUGGUCUCCAAUCUGUGUGUCUGUGGGGCCUUACUGCGCCCUAUCACUUUGAAAGAGGAAGAGGAGGCCCAUGGUCCGGUCCCGUUGGAUACCGACUGUGGAUAUAGGGUCAAAGCUCAGGUGGUGAGCACGUUAGAGGAACCUCUGGCGAUUAACAACAGCAAAGACAGCCGCUGCUUCAAGUCUAUGCAGGAGUACCGCUUCCUGCUGAUGCCUGACUUCCUGAUGCUGGCGGUGAGCUUCUUGUUCCUAGCCAGCGGCUGCAGCCUGCCGUUCGUCUACCUUGUGCCCUACGCACUGGAUGUGGGCGUAAGCCACCACCAGGCUGCCUUCCUCAUGUCUAUCCUGGGGGUCAUAGACAUCGUGGGGAACAUCACCUUCGGCUGGCUCGUAGACAGGAGGUGCCUGAAGAAGUAUCGUAAUGUGUGCUACAUGAUCGCAGUGGGCAUGGAGGGACUUUGCUGCCUCUUCAUCCCUCUCCUGCGGACGUUCGCCCUGCUGGUGCCUUUCUCUGUGCUUUAUGGGUACUUCGAUGGCGCCUACGUGGCCCUCAUACCUGUGGUGACCUCAGACAUUGUGGGGACAACUAACCUCUCCUCCGCUCUGGGGAUUGUGUACUUCCUACAUGCCAUUCCUUACCUGCUCAGCCCUCCAAUAGGAGGCUGGCUAGUUGACACCACAGGCACCUACACGGCCACCUUCUUCCUCAGUGGCUUUGCCCUCAUCUCCAGCUCCCUGGUCAUCAGCACAGUGACUGGGAUACGCCACUGUCGCAGGACCCAAAAGCACAGAAAAAACAGUAAAGACACAGACCCCAAACAGGAUCCUUGUCAAGGCAGCCGAUCAGAGUUCUACAUAGCCUCAAGUAAAGAUGUGAACCCUUCAAUCAACACAGCAAAUUCUUAACAUUGGACUUUUUUGCGUAGUUUUGCAUUUGUUUUGUUGGAAUACCAAAGUAUGUUGAAGAUUAUGAGAAACGAUGGUCAAUUGGUACACAUAAUCUAGCGUGAUAGUUCAGGAUUGGGAUUGAUUUUCCUCAGAAUGAGCCAUUAUAAACUGACACUAAAUGGAAUGUAAAGAAUUCUGCCGGAACCAGAACAGCUUCAGCUGAAAUAUGGAAUUUUCCUUAUGACCGCUCUAUCAAAGCUGUGAUAUUAUUGCCCAUUUUAUGUGCCCUUCUCUUUCAGGGUUUCCAUGUCUGUCAAUCCAAAUGUAACGGAAGAAGUUGAUCAAUUUCAAUAUCUGAAGAUUCAGACAGGGUGUUUGUAAUAGAUUAUUUCUGAAGACAAUAGUCUUCCAGUUGUUUCGUAAAUACUUUAUAUCGACAUGGGAGGUCAGUCAUAGUCUUUCACUCCUUUGUGAAUGACUAUGAUCUAUUGAAAUGAAUGAUAAUGGAAACUUCCUUAAGACUGGAACGUAGAAGUUAAUAAUGAAUUAGUCAUUAUUCAUUUAUAAAGGUAUAUGCAUUUUCAUACCAAUUUCCUAUAAAAUAAUUGAUGACAUUAAAAGACAGGAUGAUUUGCUUUAUAUGUGUACACCAAAUGUAUAGUUUUGUAAAGAUAUACAAAAUGUAUUAUUACAUUGCCACUUGUUACUUUGUAGUUACACCAGAAGGCUAGGAGGACAAUUAUCUUGUUCUAUAUUAGAACAACCCUUGUCUGACCUUUCUGAGCUUAACGUAAAAGCUAUAGGCCAUCUCAGCCAUAUGACAUCAUAACACACAUAACACACACAUGGAUCCACUUAGAAAAAAGGUGUUAUCUACACUGAAAAAAAUAUAUAAACACAACAUGUAAAGUGUUGUUUCUAUGUUCCAUACACACAAAAAAAGCUUAUUUCUCUCAAAUGUACAUUCCUGUUUGUAAGCAUUUCUCCUUUGCCAACAUAAUCCAUCAACUUGACAGGUGAGGCAUAUCAGGAAAGGGUGAUACCUAGUCAGUUGCACAACUGAAUGCAUUCAACUGAAAAGUGUCUUCCGCAUAUAAUCCAACCCCUCAAGAGGCUGAUUGAACAGUGUGAUCCUUACAUAGGUGCACCUUGUGUUGGAGACAAUAAAAGUCCACUAUAAAAUUUGCAGUUUUUUCACAAUACCACUAAUGUCUAAAGUUUUGAGGGAGUGUGCAAUUGGCAUACUGACUGCAGGAAUGUCCACCAGAUCUGUUGUUAGAGAAUAUAAUUUUAAUUUCACUACCAUAAGCCAUGAGCAAUGUCCAUAAGCAAUGUCGUUUUAGAGAAUUUGGCAGUACAUCCAACCAGCCUCAAAACCGCAGACCACGUGUAACCACGCCAGCCCAGGACUACCACAUCCAGCUUCUUCACAUGCGAGAUCGUCUGACACCAGCCACCCGGACAGCUGAUGAAUCUGUGAGUUUGCACAACCAAAGAAUUUCUGCACAAAAUGUCAGAAACCGUCUCAGGGAAGCUCAUUUGUGUGGUCGUUGUCCUUACCAGGGUCUUGACCUGACUGCAGUUCAGCAUCAUAACCGACUUCAGAUUCUGAGGCCCAUUGUCGUGCCAUUCAUCCUCCCCCAUCACCUCAUGUUUCAGCAUGAUAAUGCACGGCCCCAUGUCGCAAGGAUCUGUGCACAAUUUCUGGAAGCUGAAAAUGUCCCCAGUUCUUCCAUGGCCUGUAUACUCAACAGAAAUGUCACACAUUGAGCAUGUUUGGGAUCUUCUGGAUCGACGUGUACGACAGCGUGUUCCAGUUACCAACAAUAGUUAAAUAAAGGUUAAAUAAAUUAAAAUAAAUAAAUAUCAGCAACUUCGCACAGCCAAUGAAGAAGAGUGGGACAACAUUCCAAAAGGCCACAAUUAACAGCCUGAUCAAGUCCAUGCGAAGGGGAUGUGUCGUACUGCAUGAAGGAAAUGGUGGUCACACAAGAUAAUGACUGGUUUUCUGAUCCACACUCACUUUUUUUAAGGUAUCAGAUGCAUAUCUGUAUUCCCAGUCAUGGUACAUCCAUAGAUUAGAGCCUAAUGAAUUUAUUUCAAUUUACUGAUUUCCUAAUAUGAACUGUAACUCAGUAAAAUCUUUGAAAUUGUUGCAUGUUGCGUUUAUAUUUUUGUUCAGUGUAGAACCUAAAAGAGUUCUUUGCUGUCCCCAUAAGAGAACCGUUUGAAUAACAAUUUUUGGUUCCAGCUAUAACCCUUUUAAUUUCCAUGUAGAACCUUUUCCACAGAGGGUUUAAUGGAGUUAGAUGAAAGGGGAGGUGUCCUGGUAUUCUUGGUUUAAUUGCAAAGCCAUUGCUAUGUCAUUGUAGCUUAGUUGGUAGAGCAUGGUGCUUGUAACACCAGGGUAGUAUGUUCAAUUCCAGUGACUAAAAUGUAUCCACCCAUGACUGUAAGUCACUUUGGAUAGAAGGCUCUGCUAAAUGGAAUCUAUCACAAUUUAAAUGUAUACUCUGAAAACUUACAAUGUCCAGAAGAAACCUAAGAAUUUAUGUUGAUAUUUCUUUAAAUAAAAUUAUUUUUUUAAAUCA